UUGCUUUUAAAAAUACACAUCAAACCACCAUUGGUAUUUUCAUUUUCUUGGCCUUUGCCUGCGUCUCAAAGGCCUCACCGAAAUAACAUCACGACCCUCGCUCCUUCUCUAGGGUUUUUGACGGACAACAAUGGCCUUUUCGUCUCUCUUCCGAUCUACGACUUCCGCUUCUCUGAUCCAAUCCACCAGAGUCGAAUGCUCCUCCUUCUCCUCCUCCUCUGCCGAUCCUUCCAAGGUUCCACACCUUGGUUUUAGUGGCAAUCUGAACUCGUCCAGCAUUGUGGGUGCAGCACUUAGAACCGGGUCGUCUUCUUUAAAGGAAUGCAGCUCUAGGAAUAUCAAACCCAUCAAGGCUACUGCUACUGAGAUGCCUCCCAUAGUGCAGAAAUCGCGGAGCAGUGGAAAGACAAAGAUUGGAAUUAAUGGUUUUGGCCGAAUAGGAAGAUUAGUUUUACGAGUUGCAACAUCCAGAGAUGAUAUCGAUGUUGUGGCAGUCAAUGAUCCUUUCAUUGAUGCUAAGUACAUGGCUUAUAUGUUCAAGUACGAUUCUACCCAUGGAGUUUUUAAGGGAACCAUCAGGGUUGUGGAUGAUUCUACCUUAGAGAUCAAUGGGAAACAUAUUAAAGUAGUUUGCAAGAGGGACCCAGUAGAAAUCGCUUGGGGUGAUCUUGGGGCUGAGUAUGUUGUCGAAUCUUCUGGGGUUUUCACAACAUUGGGAAAGGCUUCAGCACAUUUGAAGGGUGGUGCCAAGAAAGUGGUAAUAUCAGCUCCUUCAGCUGAUGCACCCAUGUUUGUGGUUGGAGUGAAUGAGAAGACAUACAAGCCAAACAUGGACAUUGUUUCUAAUGCAAGCUGUACCACAAAUUGUCUCGCUCCUCUUGCCAAGGUGGUGCACGAAGAAUUUGGCAUCGUGGAAGGGCUAAUGACAACUGUACAUGCAACUACAGCAACACAAAAGACUGUGGAUGGCCCAUCAAUGAAGGAUUGGAGAGGGGGCCGUGGAGCUGGUCAAAACAUCAUUCCUAGUUCAACUGGUGCUGCUAAGGCUGUUGGAAAGGUUCUUCCAGAACUCAAUGGAAAACUGACUGGAAUGGCAUUCCGUGUCCCGACACCUAAUGUAUCUGUUGUGGACUUAACUUGUCGACUUGAUAAAAGUGCAUCCUAUGAAGAUGUUAAAGCAGCCAUAAAGUAUGCUUCAGAGGGGCCACUCAAGGGCAUUCUUGGAUACACAGAUGAGCAUGUUGUCUCUAACGAUUUUAUGGGUGAUUCAAGGUCAAGUAUAUUUGAUGCUUUGGCUGGUAUAGGACUGAGUGAUUCCUUUAUGAAGCUUGUUUCGUGGUAUGACAAUGAAUGGGGUUACAGCAACCGCGUGCUUGACCUGAUAGAGCAUAUGGCAUUGGUGGCAGCCAAUCAGUAAAUGGCAAGAGGUUUUUCUGGCAAUGCUGGUGAUUAUGAAAAUUUUGCACUCCAUACCAUUAUUAAGUUGAGAUAUUAGUUUUAUUAGUUUAUUACUGAAAAUCUUCUGUUUUUAUCAGUGUGAAUUUGGACAUCAAGUGAUGCUACUUAUUAAAAUAAACCAAGUCUCUGAAUAUUUUUGUGAUCCAAAGCAAUUCAAUUUGGAUGCUAAAGAAACUUCUAUC